AUGAAGCCGUCUUAAUUCCUCUAUUCAGAAUCAAUUAAGGAGCAGAAGGCUCAAAAGGCAAAUGUAACAAAAGUAAAUUACAAAUUUCAUAAAUAUAGUCGAUUGGAGAGUUGAAACCUUUGCCUAAGACAGCCAAUGUUCCAAAGGAUUAAAAUUCAUCGAUGAUAUACUCAUUGGUGAGUUUACCAGUGUAAGAGACUUCAUUUAUUUGAUAGAAAAGAAGGACAGAAUGACACUGUAGUUUUCCCACAAUCGUUAAUAUCUUAAUCCAUGAAUAUAAAGCCACAAGUGGUUGUAGGCAAAAACACAGAGAUCGCUAGAAGCCUGAAAAAACUUAAGCCCUUAGAUAGUUUGGAUGCUACUCCUGAAUCUGUUUAACCAGGGACCGGGAAAGGAGUUGGGGGAGAAUAAUAACAAUAAUUGCAAGGACCCAAACUUUAAGUUUAUUUGAAGUCAUUAAAUUAAUUGACAAACGGACAAUUCAAGAAGACACAAACACAAUUGUUAUUUGGAUCAAUUGAACCAAAACUUAAUAAUAAUACUGUGUUAUGUGUAUUGCGUAUCCAAAAACUUAAAUUUUUCAAUGAAUAUAACUAGAAGAAUGAGAAGGUAUAAAAAUGAAUUAAUCUAUAUUAGAUUCCUUCAUUGUUUUGUUGGGAAGCCAUCUAUCGUAAAAAGAGUUUAAUGAAGACAACUCCUAAGGAAUUUGAUGCAGCUUAACAAGAUCUGUUAGAUUUUGUAUACACUAGAAAUGCAUAUGAACCAGUUGAUAUAAUACUAUGGAAAAUAAAAAAUAAUGAUGAAGUAAUUAUAUAUAAAUAUUAAAUUUUAGAAAUAUGUUGGAUAAUUUGAUAUAUCAAACAAUGAUUAUCAAAAUGCAAGAGAAAUACUUGAUUUUAAAUCAAAAAUUAUAUGUGAAACUUAAAUUGAGAAAGAAAUGUUUAAAACAAUGAAAUAAACAAAAUCCUAUAUUGGUAAUGUCUAAUUUUAACUUAUUUAACUUGGUCAUGAGAAGAUUCCUUUAAGUAUGAAAUGCAUAAUAAUAUUAAGAUAAACAUUCUGGAAUUCCAGGAUCUCCUAGAACAGAAGAAGAAAAGGCUAGACACAGAAUCAUUGAUGCUGCAAUGUCAGGCUAAGAAUACAGAUGGUAUAUUGAUGAACAUGAUAAAUUCGUACUUGAGAGGAUUGAUAAAGUCUCUUAAGAGGUUGUUGCUGAAUGCACUCUUGAAGUAGUUGCUGAUGAAUGUGGACAAUUACACAUUAUAUAUGAAGAAAAAUAUACAGAUCCAGAUAAAUAUGGUAGAUCUAGACCAACAUCAAGAUAUAUGAGAAAAUAACAUGCUGAUGCUACUAUGGCAUUGAUUAAAGAGUUGGAUAAAAAUGGUUCAUUUACAGAAGUUUAGGCAAAUAUGAGAAAUCUUAGUAGAUAAGGAAGAUUAACAAGAAAAGUUAUUGAAGAAGCUUUGUAUACUAUGGGUUGUACUGCUAAUUAAUUAUUAUUAACUGAAUGUUCAGAAUUUGGUGAUUGUUUAAUGGACUUUUUACUUGUUACAGAUGAUCUAUCAGGAGUAUUAGAAGCCAUGUAAGAAUUGAAAAUUAUUGGAGAAGAUGAUAUGAAUUUAGAAAGUUUCUCUAAUAAUUUGUUUUAAAAUAUUGGAUAACAUUUAAGGAAAAAUACAAAUCUUAAAUCAGUUAUUGAAUUUAUCAAAACUUUAGAAAAGAAACCUGAAGUUGGAUUGUUGAUUUAAAAUUAUUCUUAUGCUCCAGAGAAUGUAUUAUCUGAAACACCUCCCUUUUUAUAAAGUAAUCUAUUAAUUAAUAUUAUUUUUAGAUUUUGACCAUAAAAAUUAUGAACAUGUUAUGGUAUUAAGUAAAUUGAAUAAAAUGAUUGAAAUAUUUAAAGUAGAUACUAAAUUUACAAGAGCUUUAAAGAAAGCACAUGUUGAAGCUAAAAAGUCUAUAUAUUUUGAAAUUCCAUGUUUCCCAAAAAAUAAAGAUUUAGAUGAAAAAUCAGAUUCCUUAUAAUUAAAAUCAAUAGGAUAAAAUAUAAUGCAUGAAGUAGUAAGAAGAUAAAAAUGGAAUAAGAGUCAUAUUAUAUUUGAAAAUUAUUCUGAAUGGUUUUUUGUAGCAGAUGAAUAAGGAAAUACACCAUUUUCAAGAAUGUUGGAAACAGCACCUUUUGAUGUUAUUAAAUCACUUUUUGCAGCUUAUCCUGAUUAAUUAAAAAAUAUAUUCAGCAAAUUUGAUCCAAAUUCAGAAUUAUUUGAAGGUAGAGUACCUAAAAAGGAAACAAAGAAAGAUGAACAAAAUAAUGAUAAUAAUGGAGGUGAUGGAAAUGAUGGAGGUGAUGGUGAUAAUGGAGGUGAUGGUGGUGCUAAAUAAAAAAAAGAAAAAGAAAAUAAAGAACCUUCAGAGGAUGAUCUAUAUAAUCAAGGAAAAGAACGUGAAAAAGCUAGAAAAGCUUUUGAACAUUUAAGAAUGUAAAAGGAUUAUAAAAAAAAUAUGAUACAUUGUCUACUUUAAAAUCCAGAUUUAAAUCAAAGUGAUUUAUUAGAUCUAUUAAGAAAUAUUGAAUUAUUAGUGAAUGAAUCCUCUGAAUCUAAUUUUGAGACAUUAAAAUCCCAGAAAUUAAGAGCUGGUGAUUUUACUCCUCUAGGAUUGUACUUAGAAAUAAUGAGAUCUAAAUGUAAAAAGAAAUUAGAUAGAGUCUAAAGAGAAAUUGGUACAUCAUUAUUCAUUUGCUAAAUGUUAACUCCUAAUAUUGAUGAAGAGGAGAAUACUUAAUAAUAAGAAGGAUAAGAAGGAUAAGAAUAAUAAGAAUAAUAAUAAGAAUAGAAAGCAAAAUCUUCAUUUGUUUGGGAUAGUUAGAAUCAAUUGGUAAUUUCUUAAAUAAUUGGUAAAUUACCUGAAACAUUAUUCUAAUCAUUUGAUGAUCUAUUUAGAUUCAUUAAAUGGAUUCCACCAUAUAAUGAAUUAAAAAUAAUUAGAUAUGUCAAUUUACCUUAUCGAUAAUUAAUCAAACAUAAAUAAUAACAAAAAUUGUUUGCCAUUCUCUAAUAAAUGUAUGAUGAAGUCAAGUAAAAUUAAAACUAUGACCCAACAGAUGUAGAAUCAGAAUAAAAUCAAAAAAUUCUUUACACAAUUUAAAUAUGGACAUUAAUGUUAUUGGAAAUCAGAAAUCUUAGAUCUUAAAGACUUGAAUAAGUAGCCUCUCAAUUAUUAUCUUAAUUAAGAGAGUUUACUUAAUAAUAUAUAGAAUUAUUAGUUGCACCUAUGCCAACUAAUAUUACAUCUUCUUAUUACCCUUUAUAACAUUAAUAUGAUUGUUCACCAUCUACUAUACUUGAAUUGUUUAAUGGAAUUAAAUUUAAUAUUUUAUUGACAGAAUUCCCAGUUCAAAGUUUGGAUAAAUUGGAUAUUAAAUAGUUGGCUAAAGCAUUAUCUAAUUGUAAGGAUAAAGAACCAUUAAGAGAUUUAAUAAGAUUGGUAUUAACAAAAGAUUAAGGAAAUGAAAAUGCAGGAGCAGAAGGUGAAGGAGAAGGAGAAAAAUAAUAAUAGGAAUAUAAUCGCAAAUUAUUUGAAUUUAUAGUAGAUCCUAAUGUGAUUUUUAAUGAUGAAGAUGGAUCUUAUAAAGAUUUACUUGAUAAAAAAUAAGUUGAAUAAUUGCUAUUGACUUAUAAGGCAGAGAAGAUAUUACCUUUGACCUAUGGCAAAUCAUCUAAUUUUAGUGAAAAUCUUCAUGGAAUUAUUCUAAAUUCAUUUUAAACUAGAAAAUCUGUUGGUGUUACUCAAUAAUAAGUAGCAUUAUGGAUAAGAAAUAAUGAGACAAAAGUAGAUGAAAGAUGGAAAUAAAGAUAUGUUGAUUUUUUCAGAUAAAAUAUGUUUAUGUAAUAAAUUCACACUUUGAUUGAUCUUGAUAUUCCAAAACCUAAGAAAACAUACCCAAAUUAAAAUAAGAUUUAACCUUACAUUUUUGCCUAAGGUAAAAAUUGGGCAUCAAAAUUGGAUGUGAGAAGAUUCAUUUCAGCAAUCAAAGAUAAUAUUCAAUAUAUCAAUAUUGAAAAUACUCUAAGAUCUAUUGCUCUUAAUGGUCAAUAUGAAAAACUAGAAUAGAUUUUACCAUAUGUUAAGGAUGCACAAAUGAUUAGAUAAACUAUUCAUCUAGUUGCAACUAUUGCCAAUAUGUAAAUAUUUGACCCCAGAGGCUACCUUUAAUUUAGACAAUAUAGAAGACCCCCAACAAAAGAUUCAUAGGAUCCAGAAGAAUUGAAUGAAGGAGGUGAUAACAAUAAACCAGAUGAUGGAGAUGGAGGUGGAGAUGGAGAUGGAGGAGGUCCAUAAUUAGUCUCUAUAUAAAAUUAAUCAGAAGAGAAAAAAUAAUAAAAGAAAUAAUCAUAACCAUAAUCAUAAUAAUAAUAAUAAUAAAAUAAAAAGAGGGAAGUAGCAUAGGAGGAAAAUGUCAAUAAAUAUUUAAAUAUUGCUAGUGAAUUUUAAGUGAGAUGUUAUGACCCAACAGUUUAUUUCUUUAAGACUGCUAUAAAGGAGAAGAAGGAGAAAUAUAAAGUAGACAUUGCCAAAUUCCCUGAAGCUUUGGAUUAAAUUAGAACUCCAAUUUCUAUUUAAUCCUAAUUAGUUGAAAUGACUCAAUCUAUUUAAUUAGAAUUCGAUGACUUUUUCAGAACUCAUUUUCCAAAAAGUGAAAGAUUAGAUAUUAAAAAAUUUGAGUCUAAUUUUGAAAAAGAUAUAUUAAUGUUUAGAUAUUUAAAGAAUUGGAAAUCUUCAUUAUAACGAUAAAACUUUAGGUCCGUAUUUACUUAAUAUGAUUAAGGAACUGGAUAAUAAUCAUAUAAGAAAGUGUUAAACUAAUUACUUAAAUAAUAUCAAAGAUAUGGAAUGCCUAUUUGUGAUACUUUUAAUGAAUUUGAGAAGACUUUAGAUGUAUUAAUGAUCUAUGGAAUUUAAAAUAUGGAUUAACUAUUAUUCUAAGUAGCUUCUAGUAAAUUGACACCUAUUGAAAAAAACAAAAUAUUCCUUAAUUUAGUAUAGAGAGUCAUUAAUCCUAAUAAUUCAGUAUUAGCAUAACAUUAUCAAAUAAAAAAUGCAAAUAUCUAUUUAUAACAAAUUAAUAGAAUAAUUAAAUCUGUGAAUGUUAAAUUAUUAUAACCUGGAGAAGAUGUGGAAGCUUUUCAAAGAUAUAUUUUGUAAAAUAUACAUAGAACAAUGAAAUAUCUAAAGCCAGACAUGGCAAAUGAUUAAAAAGUUAUUAUUUUUAAAUUAGCAAGUGAAGUAUUAUAAAGAUUUGAUUAAUUGGAUAUUAAAUAAUUAUUUGAAUAGGAAUUAAUUGAAAUUUCAGAACUUAUUAAAACUAGAUAAAUUAAAGAUAAAAAUUUAUAGGCUUUAGCAGCUAAAUAUAUUAAAAAUAAAGAAGAUACAAAAAAAUUGAGUUCAAAACCUAAUUAUAAAGAUAUAAUCGCCUCAUUCAAAAAGCGAAGAUUAGAUGAAGUAUUAUCAUCAAAUGAUUUAAUAUACUUUUUUAAAAAUUAUUCAGAUGUAUAAUGUGAAGAGAUAGUUACAGAAUUAUUUAAAUUGCCUUAUGAUAAAACAUACACAACAACAUUAUUAGAAAAAUUUAAUAAUAGAUUAUUUGAAUGUUUAAUGUUUUAUAGAAGAUUCAGAACAUAUACUAAAUUGAUAAAUGAUGUUCUAUUUAAAUAAAUUUUGAAAGGAAAGGAGAUAGCUUUUAUUCCUUUAUUAAUGAAGGCUUCUGGUGAAUCUAAAUAAGUCAAAAAGUAAGAAGUGGAAUAAGAAAAAGCCGAAGGUUAAUAAGAGAUAGCGUAGGCACGAGCAAUUAAUGAAGGUGAAGAUGGAGUAGAAUAACAACAAGAUGGAAAAGAUGAAGAUAGUGACAUCAAGGAUUCGUUAGGUUAAGUUGCUGCUAAUUUCUGUUUUUAUGAAUACUUUGAUACUUUGCAUAGGUUUAGGAUUAAAGUAAGUAACGUUGAGCCCUGCACUUCAUUUAGAUUUAUGUUACAUACUAAUGAAUAACUCUUGUAAUAGGCCACUCAAUUCGAAUAAUAAGGAUAUACUUACAUUAGUAAUUGUAUUAGAAUGUUUAGAUAUUUAAGAUUGAACCACUAUAAUUCAGAUAAACCAUCAAUAAAAUUAGAAAAUGAAUUAAUGGUUUGUUUCAUCUCAUAAAAUUCUUAAAAGAUAUCUUCUCCUUGUUUAAAUAUCAUCAAAGAUUAUUUGGAAUAUUCUGAACAUAAAGCACCCUUUUGGUAAAAUACAAUAAGUUAAAGGAAAUUUUAAUAUAAGGGGGAUUAGGCAAAUUAGAGAGCUGCAAAUAAAUCAUAAUAAGCAUUAACUAGAUUGAAAGUUAAUGGUAUUGAAAAAGGUGUAAAAUUCUGUUUCCCUUCAGUUUAUCAACCUGAUGGUGAUAAUGAAAUUACAAAUGAUGAUAUUCGUAGAACACCAGUUAAAAGACCUGCUUUUACAAUUGAUUAAUAUGUUGAGCAUCUUUCGCCUAAGGAUCCUUAAAGAUUAGAUAAUUAAAUAGUAAAUGAUCCUGAAUUUUUGUAAUUACUUAACAAAUUAUUGAUACCAAGUAAAUAAUUAGAAUUUUUAAUUGAUAAAGAAGCAUUUUAGAAAAAUAUCCACUAAUUAAUUUAUAAUGAUCAUGAAAUGUAUUAUUAUCUUUUAAAUUUCCCUAUGUUUUGGUAUGAGGAGAAAUUAAAUAAAGAUAAUUAAAUAUUCAUUGCAUUCUUAAUGGAAUUUGAACUUGGUUUAAUAUUCAUAAAAUCAACACUCUUAUUUGAACCAAAAUUAAUAGAUCAAGCCUUAGAUGUGUAUUUCAAAAUAGUAUAAAAACAUUUGGAAUCAGGAAAAUAAGAAUAAGAGAAUAAAGAAUUAGAUUAAGAAGAAAAUGUUGAAGAUGAUAAGAGUGAAUAUGAAGAUGUUUUAGUAGAAGUGACAGAUGAUGAAGCAGAAUAAGAAUAGAAUUAAAAUUAAUAAAUUGAUAAAGCUCCUGAUUAAUAGGAAGAAUAAUAAUAAUAGUAGCCAGUGGAAAAUUAAUAAUUAGGUUUACAAUCAGCAGAUUAAAGACCAGGUGGAGAUGAGUUUAAAGAAGAAGUACAAUAGUAAUAAGAUGAUGAUGGAGCACCUCAAGCUCGUGCUAUUUCUGAUUAAGCUAGGAUAUCUAAACCUCCUUAAUAGAAACCAGUGUAAUAAACUCCUGCUGAAUAGGUUCCUGGAGAAUAGGCUCCUGGAGAAAAAUAAUAAGGUAAAAAAACUAAAUUUGUCAAUCAGAAAAGAAAGAAGGAUAAAGGUUAAAAUGAAAAAAAGUUUGUUGAGUCAGAUGAGAGUUUAAGAAAAUAAAUUAUUAAAGGAUGCAACACUUAAUUACAAUUCUAGAUAUUUUUAUAAUUGUUACUAUUUGCCACAACUAGUGAAGAAAUAUUUAGAUUGAUUCAGAAAUAUUUUAUAUAAUAUAAAGUAGUUAGUUCUCCAUCAAUUCCUUUAGAAAUUGAUCCUGUAAUAAAGGCUAGAUUAUUAAAAGAUGGAUUUAAGGAACCAUUUAAUUUAUAAUUUGUAGAAUAGGCAGAAUAGAGGUUUAAGGAACUUAAAUAAUAACAAAUUGAAGAUAUCAAACAUGUAAAGGAAGUAUUAACAUAGAAUGAGAAUAAAAGACAUGCUGAAUAGAGUCAUAUAUAUCAAAGAUUGAUUUAAUCUAUCUUAUAAACUAAAUUUAGUGGACAUCAAGCAUAUAUUGACAAAUUAUUGGAUAAUCCUGCUUAUAAAUGUUUAUUAAAAUAUAAAAAAUCAGUUGCAUCUAAUACAUUAGAGAAAGAUCAAAAGUUGUAAAUGGAAAUAAGAAAAUUCUUUACUAUAUACUAUAGUAAAUAAUUAAGUGGAGAUUUCUUAUAAAAAUUCUUUGAAAAUAAUAGAGCAAAUUAAAAUUAAGGAUCUUUUACUAAUGAUAAAUGGAUUAAUGUUAUUUGUCUUUUAAAGUAUUGUAGAUAGAUAGUUAAUCAAUGUUAAAAGUUUAAAAAGGACAUUCGAUUUGAAUGUGAAAAAUUAAAUUAAGAAAUAAAAACAUUAUCAUAUUAUGAAGAAGAUGAAUUUGUUAAUCCUUAAUUUAUAGUUCAAUCUAAAUUCCACUUUUAAUUCAAAGUUUCUAAUAAAUUAGAGCCAAUAAUUUAUGAAUACAAAAAAGUACCUAUUGAAAUAAAAGAAAAUGUUAAAGAAAACAAAGAAUCUAAUGAAAAUUAAUAAGAUAAUUCAAGGAACAAUAAUGAAUAAAUUACUGAACAAAAUACUCAAAGUUAAUAAGUUGAUUAAAAGGUAAUUAAAAAAAAAUAAGUUAAUCAUCAAGAUAAUUUCUAUUUCGAAGUUACUUUUAAUAUUUAGAAAAGCUCUAAUCCUAAUAAUCCAUAUCCUUUAGCUUAAUUAUAUUUGAAGAAUGCAGAAGAAGUAAUCAAGAGUAUUGAAACUAUUUAUUAUGAAAAUUACUUAGAACAUAUUAAUAAUUUAUGUUCAUAUCCAUAAUUCAAAGUGGCUCAAUUAAGUGGAUCAGAUAAUAUUGAUUAUAUUUAAUUGAAAACCAAAUUAACAAAGGAGAAUUUCAGAGAAUAUUAAGAAUUACAUUAUUCUAAAAACUUUAAUUUAGAUUAAACUAUAAUGGAUUUAGAAAUUUAUAAUUAUUUAUUUGAAUCUUAAGAUAAGAUGAAUCAUCUUAAAAUAUUGAAAGAAUUAAGAGAUGGUAUAGUUUAAACUGAAAGUAAUGAUUCUGAAAUAAGAGUUUAAAUCUGUAAUUAAGUUUGGUCAUUGUAUAGUUCUAGAAUUAGACCAGACAUCAAAUUGAAAUAUUAGGAUAAAUUAUAUCGUAAUCUUAUUUAAUAAUAUAUUUAGCUGUUCCUUAUAGUAAUUAUUAACCAAGAUAAAGAAAUACUUAAUAUAAAUAGAGUAUUUAAGUUGAUUAAUCAUUCCCAGAAUUAUAUCCAAUUGUUAAUUUGUAAGUUUAUCAAUAUAUUCCUGAUGUUAUGACUGAAGAAUAAUUUAAUUAAAAAUAUGAUCAAUUAUCAAUAAUCCAAUAAGCUUGUGUAAUAAAUAUAAUUAAUAUUAGUAUGAUUUGAAUUCCUAUGCAUAAUCAUUGGAUGAUUUCCUCACUCAAUCACCAAGUGAAGAAGAAUUAUAAAACUUAAGAGAUAUAGCACCAUAAAUAGUAUCAUGGCCAUUAAUAAGAUGUAAAGUUAAGAGAGAUAAAGGAUAAACUGAAGAAUAUAAAAUUAUACACUCACCAGAAUCACAUCCUUUAUAUAUGAUUGAAUAUUUAUUCAGUAAAGUUCAAAUACAAUUGAAUCAUUAACUCAAAUUUACAUUCAAUGUUUUGUCAUUUACUGAAAUUAUAUUAUUCAAAUUAACUAGAAUAAUAUAAUAAACUACAGGAAAAAGUAAUAAUUAUUAUAUCUAUUUAUUUUAGGAUGUAAAUUAUCAACUUCUACAAGUAUGUUGAAUGAAUGGGCAUUAUUAAAGAAAAUCUUAUUGAAGAUUGGAGAUUUAAUUUUAGAAAAUGAAUUAGAUAAAUUUAGAUUCUAUUAUGUUGAAAUUAAUGAAGUUCAUCAAAAUUCUGUACAUUAAAUUAUUAAUAAUAUUUAGGUUUUCCCAAUUAAAUCAAAUAAAUUAGAAGGAAUGGAUGCUAUUUUCAGAUUUGGUUAGACUUAAUUCUAUGUCCAUUCAAAUGUUUUGAUUAUUAGAUUGAAUAUAGCUGUAGUUUCAGAGAAUGCUUCCUCUUUGAUCACUUAUAAGAAUACCAAAUUAAAGUCUUAUGAAUUAUGUCCCUUACUAUUUAAAGAGGAUAAAGAACUUAGAGUAAUUAUUUAUUCAAUUUUGUAGGGUUAUAUGAAUUAUAUAAUAACUUUGGAGGAUAUGCUUAAGUAAAUAUUUACCAAAAAGUGAU